AUUGCCAUAUUCUACCGAUUAUUGAUUAGUUUUGUUUCAGCGCAAGCCCUCGACAAGAACACAUGGGUGUACGACGUUACUGGCCUGCUUCAGCAUUGUGUUGCUGUUCUUCGUCUUUGUCAUCAGCUGACAGAUCAGUUGGCUGCUGUACCAUUACAGCAUGCUUCACCCCAACUGAACCAUAUGCUGUGUCAGGCAACUCUACGUGUGAUGCCGCGAUUUGAUGAUUUAUUGAGCGCUGUCGCUAGCCCUGCUGUCGAUAUUCGUGUCCUCGAGGCCCGUGCGACGGCGCUCGCUACCGUAUGCUGGGCAUUGUAUCUGCCGUUCUCGCUCAUUAGUCAAAAGUACAGAGAGGCGAUGGGAGAGCCGUUACAACAGAUGGAUCUCCAUCUAGAUGCUUUACGCCAUGCCGCAGAAAUAGCUGAACGUGCCAACCUUGGGAAGGUAGGUGGUUUUUGCGAAACAGUCAAACGAAUUGUCCUUGUUUUUCUGCGUGGUCUGGAUACAAGUGACGGUAGUGGUCGAAAUAACUCUCCAUCACUUGUCCAUAACAAGUAUUAG